GUGUUGUUUUCGUUUUCGUUCAGCUUUGUUCUCGUUUUAGUGAGAGAAAGUUCUCUCUCUCUAUCUCUGACACAAAACCCUAUAUUGCGUGCUUUGCAAUCGACACCGAUAAUGGCCAACAGUAACCUUCCUCGAAGAAUCAUCAAGGAAACGCAGCGUUUGCUCAGUGAGCCAGCGCCUGGAAUUAGUGCUUCCCCUUCUGAAGACAAUAUGCGAUAUUUCAAUGUGAUGAUCCUUGGCCCGACCCAGUCACCUUAUGAAGGUAGGGGGGUUUUCAAGUUAGAACUAUUUUUGCCAGAAGAAUAUCCAAUGGCUGCUCCCAAGGUCAGGUUUCUGACAAAAAUUUAUCAUCCAAACAUUGAUAAGCUUGGCAGGAUAUGUCUUGAUAUUCUGAAAGAUAAGUGGAGUCCUGCACUUCAGAUUCGAACUGUACUUUUGAGUAUUCAAGCUCUUUUAAGUGCACCAAACCCAGAUGAUCCACUUUCUGAGAACAUUGCCAAGCAUUGGAAAAGUAAUGAGGCCGAGGCUGUUGAAACAGCCAAGGAAUGGACCAGAUUAUAUGCUAGUGGCGCUUGAUGGUUGGGUGGAAACUUUUGGCUUCAAAUAACAAUAGUGCAAGUGUAUGCUAUUUAACUAUCAAAUUGAAAUGGAAAUUGGAGGAAUUAUUGUCUGAACUAUUUUGGAGUUAAUUUUCCUCGUUGCUUCCAGUUCCUGUGAAUUGCUUUCUUCUCCUGGAAGCCUUAUCUUGGAACUUGUAUGAAAUAUAUAUGAUCUUUUUAUGUGUCAAAAAUAUAAAAUAUGCUCUAUCUUUAACUGCUUAGUAAUUUUGGA